GGUCAGCGCCCCGCUCUUCGCAGGGGGCCUCCUCGGACCAGAUCAUGCAGACGGGGGCGAUCCUGCUGCGGGCGUUCGUGCGGGACCGCGUGGAGCGCUGCGGGGACCCGCAGGCCGUGGCGCUGAGCGUGGCCGAGCUGGGCGAGCCCCAGCCCAGCAGCCCCGACACCAAACGCCUCAGCGAGUGCCUGCGGCGCAUCGGCGACGAGCUCGACAGCAACAUGGAGCUGCAGAGGAUGAUCGAGCAGGUGGGCUGCGACGCCCCCAAGCAGCUCUUCUUCCGCGUGGCCAAGGAGAUGUUUGCCGACGGCGCCUUCAACUGGGGCCGCGUCGUCGCCCUCUUCUACUUCGCCUGCAAGCUGGUUCUGAAGGCGCUCUGCACCAAGGUCCCCGAGCUGGUGCAGACCAUCCUGGGCUGGACCUUGGAGUACCUGCGGGAGCACGUGCUGGCCUGGAUCCAGGCCCAGGGCGGUUGGGAAGGGCUGCUCUCGCACUUCGGCACCCCGACCUGGCAGACCAUCACCAUCUUCGCCGCCGGCGUCCUCACCGCCUCGCUCACCAUCUGGAAGAUGUCCUAGGCUCUUGGGAGGGUGGGGAAGGGGGCUGUGACCCCUCCCCACAACAAUCCUCACCCCCUCCCUGGCCUGGCCUGGCCCGGCCCUGCCGGCAGGGAUGGUGCUG